CAGUCCGGACCGGAACUAUACUUACUAAGUUGUUUGCAACACGGACUUGUAUGAGAAGCAACAUCCGCCAACCGGAAAUCGGAUAUGAAGCAGUCUGUGCGGAGUUAGGUUUUUUUUGCUUGGCUGCAAUGGACGACAGCAGUGUGGUGAAGCUCUUUGUUGGGAAUCUGGCAUUGGAAACAACACAAGAUGACCUAAUAGCACUGUUUGCCCCUUAUGGAAAGCUGGAGACCAUUACUUUACUGAGGCAGUUUGCCUUUGUCCAUCUGCAGGGAGACGGGGCUGCUGACUUUGCCAUACGUGGUCUGAAUGGUCUAGAGUUUCGUGGUCGCAACCUUGUUGUCGAAGAGUCUCGAGGAAGGCCCCAGAACUCUGUUAAAGUGUAUGUGGGAAACCUGAGUGCUCUGUGCACAACCGACGAACUGCACAAACUGUUCUCUCAGUUUGGCAACGUCUUGGAGUGUGAAAAAGUGAAAACCAAACCCAACUCGUCGAUAGGCUAUACGUUUGUACACAUGGAGCAUCAAGAGAAUGCAGAGAGCGCCAUCGAGGCCCUCCACGGGACCUCGUACAUGGGUCGGCCACUUUCUGUGGAACUCUCAAAAGCCCAGCAAACAAAGCCAGCAGCCAUUUCCAAGGUGCCAUGUGCACGUUGCGGGACACAGGGACACUUUGCUGGUGAAUGUCCCUCCAGGCCGCCGUUGGAGCACCACCAGAGUCAGGCGGCCGUGCUUGCUGCUGCGGCUGCAGCUGCCGCUGGACUUCCUAUUCAAGUGCAACAGAGCGUCCACAACUCUUUCUUCAACACCAACACCUCUGAUCCAACAUAUGCAGCGCUGAAGGGUCUGACUGAAGCCAGCGGCUCAGAUGGUAAGCCAGUUAGCGCCGCAGUUUACGGUGCCCUAGCAAGUCAAGUGUACGGUGCUGUGGCCGAUCAGGUCAUGGGCCAGGGCGUGGAUGACUCUGGCUAUCCAGCUGCAGUAGAGGCACCUUCAGCCACCACAGCCAUGAAUCCUGCCUACGGAACAAACUCCACUGCAUAUGCAGGCCCUGCCUAUGGGACCAUGGGUGGGGCGGAGCCUGACCCGCAAGCCAUGUUCGAAGCUGCUCGGCAGCGAUUCAUCGAGCAGGGCCAGCAAGUGUUGGCUGAGCAGCAGGCUAUGACCAAAUCAGAGCGUGACAGGAGCCCGGUGAGACGUUCUGCUCUGCUGCCUGACCCCGUUCCUCAGCCUAUCAGUGCGACGAGACCCAAACGCCGUGCUUUGCUGCCCACGCCGCCUGGAGGACCGGAACUUCCUGCUAUUAAAGAUGGAGACCCUAUUGCAAGGUGCUAUGCAGAAUAUGUUCAGCAGUACCAGCAAUACCAACAGUACCAGCAGUACCAACAAUACCAACAGUACCAGUACUAUUAUCCACCACCACCGCCGCUCCCACCGCCUCAGAUGCCCACCAUGCCCAUGCCACCUACAGGACCGAUGGAUGCCAAUCACUUGGCGGCUCCUGGAACCGUCGCAUCUUCAAGAGCGUAUGAGCCACCUCCACCACACAAGGAUCCCCACCUCCGCAAUCCUGACUACUCCCACCACCACAUGCCAGAGCCCACAUACCGAUAGGGCUUACCACUUCACAUUGUGUAAUGCACCUCAGACUGUCUUCAGUCUUUCAUUCCAACGCUGAGAGAUGGUGGGGUACAUGCACACACACACACACACACACACACAUGCACAAGCAUGGUCUCACUGACCCAUUGGCCUGGAUACAUUAAAUCUUUUAACAUUAUAGGCAACAGAUUGCAAAGACCUGCAAUCAUUCGAUGAAUAGAUUACCAUUUGUCUUUUGUUUUGUUUUUCCCCCCAGUGUAUUUUGUCAGGGUUUUGUUUUGUUGUGUAUAAUUAAAAUAUCUGGAAGACACCUGCUAGAAAGCUUGGCAUUACUUCUAAAUGUAUCCAGGCCCUGAUGUUUAUAAGACGCAAAAGCCAGAUAUUGUAUUGGAGUGGUCAUUGUUUUUCGCUCAUAACAUUUAGUGGCUCGGUGAUGGAAGGGUAACUGUUUAUAGUGCAUCAAGCUUCCACACAUUAACGCAAAUGUUAAAGUUUUGCUAGAAAUAGUGAAUGACUGGUUACUCGUACUGUUCUUCCAGCCACAUUUUCCCUUUUCGCUAACUACAGCUAAAAUGGCUCCCCGGCCUCAGGACGCCAAGUUGACACAUGACGGGGGAAGAGAAUUAGAGUCCCACAGUGGCAUGGAUGCACUCCCCAGAAAGGUAAAGCCCUCUGGCCCCAAUCACGCUUGCACCUUGACCAUACACCACUUUCCCUAAAUCUCCUGCUCCAACUCAGCUCAGAUCCACCUUCUGGCUGAAAAAAAAAAAAAAAAAAAAUGGGGCUAUAACAAUGUCACAGGUUAGGGUUACAUAAAUGACAGAAAUCAAAGCUUUAGCUCAGGCACACAAAGUACCCCACAUGAUCUUGGUUUGGUUGUUUGCAAAUGUUAUUUUUUUUCCUUUCCAAUAUACAAUGUUGGUUAAAGCCUCAUUGGCACAUCCAUUCAGAAUGUCCUAGUACCUUAGGCCAGGAAUGAUGACAGUGUCAAAAUAUCCUUUAUAAAGAACAUAGGAGCGUGUGAGAUCACAGGAAAAUUGAAUUGUUGGCUUGUUCUGUGGCAUUUGGUGUUUGUUUUAAGCAUUUUCAGUAAGACGAGACGAGAUGCGCAUACGCUCACAACUGAGGUUCCCUGGCUGUGCUUUGAACAGUUAAGAAGACAGCACAGCUUUAAGGGGAGCGCAGUACGAUCCAAAAGGCAAGAGCUGGGGCUGUCGCCUGGUAGGUGAGUAACCAGCGCGCCACUGUCCCACUCAGACCUGUUCCCGCUCUCAAACCCCACACCUCGCCUCCCCCAUUACUCCAACUGAUUCUGUACACCAAUUUGCCAUGCAUGCCUCAGGGAACAACGCUUUUAGAAAUUACAGCAGGUUCUCAUAUGAGGACCGAUGCAGAAAUUUAAAUGGCUUCAAAACAUUUGUUUAAAAACCUUUCCAAAGAAGUCUGUUGUGUUCCUCGAGUUCUGACUGGACCCAAGUGUUUGGCUGUUUAGGCGUUUUUAUAACAUGACACAUUGUAUAGUCAAGUCCAACAUCAUCUGAAUUUACAGUUUAACAGUACAGGAGGGAAAAUCCGAUGUCAGUUAAUUGAAAUGUAUUGUCCUUCAUCGUCCAUGAUGUAUUGCAGCUUUUACUUCGCAUCCGUUUCACUGACAACGUGUAUAAGCUGUAAUUUGAACAACAUGCGCCAUUACCCCCUACCCGCCACCCCCCUUUAGAGUGUAAAGCAUUGCUUACGAUCUAUUUAGGUCAGGAAAUAAAUAUUCAGGGAACAUGCUUUAGUUGAGCUAAAUGCUACCACUUUUACUGAGAUCAGUUUACUUCUUUUUGCUACUGUCCCAGCAACAACAAUGUUUUUUUUUUUUUUUUGUCUUUGUAGUCUUUUAAUCUUGUAAAACUAAAUUAAAGACAUUUACAAAAAAUAAAAGUGUGUGCUUGCAUUUGUAAAGAAAAUUAGUAUUACUAUUCACAGAAGAUCAUGUGGACAGGUCAGCUGUGCAGACAUCGUCCAUGUGCUGGGGAUCCACUAUAUACAGCGCAUCUCCACCAUAACUUGAUAAACAUCGAGUUUUUUUUAUUUUUUAACUCAAACGUUGAAUGAGUGGAAAUUUACUCCAAAUAAUUUUUACUCACUGAAGGAUGCUUUUCAUGUUUAGCAGUCUGUAGUCCAGGAAUCAGACACUUUGGUUUUAAUUAUACUGGAGUUUGGAUUGAAUCUGAAACAAUUAUUUUCACCUGCCAGCUGAAAAACAAAGGUUUUCCUGUAGCCAGGAUUCAGUGUAUAUAUACAUUUUAGGGUGUUUUUGAAAAGGAGGGGUGAAGUGCAGCGUGUGCACAGAACUGCGUGAAACCGUGGAUCAUAUACGAACAGUGCAACAUGACAAAACGACAGGAACAAAUAAGCUCAUGGUCUCCUUUUAUAGAAACAGUUAUCUAACUUUUACAGUGAAGUGAUUUGAGGUUAUACACUGGACAUGGACUCUGCUGGAGGGUAAAGACAAAUACUGAGACAAACUAAAGAGUGAGUAAAAGAUCUCACAUGCUUCUGGACUACAGUAACACAAUAAAUACAGGACCAAUGACAAACAUUUUAAUAAAAAACUGGAAAAAUAUAAAAAUGUAUAAAAACUGACCAUUUAGUAUAUGCAGGUCUAGUGCAAUGGAAAGAACAGCUGCUUUAAAAAAUAAAAAUAAAUAGUAA